AGCCCUGGCAGGAGAAUUCCCCACUCCACACCUGGUCAGAGCAGGAAGUGUUGGGCCGUGACUGAGCCUCAGAGAAGCAGGUUGGGGUGUGAGAAAAGAACAGUCGCCCACAGCUUAAUUACUCAAAAGCUGUCCCCCAGCCACAGGAGGAAGGAGGACCUUUUCUGCUGAGUCUGUCUAGAGAACACCACGCCGUCACAGCUCAGCACAGCCCGGAGAGAAAGCUGACCAGUGCUGACCAGCUCUGGAGCCCGGCAAUGGCCCUGCCCCGACCAUACCUGGCCUGACAAGGCCUCAGUGGGGAAGGGUCCCGACUGGGACCCAGAAGAGAAGGCUAGCAGGCUUGCUGGAGAACAAUGAAAAGGAGGAAACUCUGUGAUUGAACCUCAAGCAAGAAGCCAGCCAGAAGGUGGACCAUAUUCUACCAGACACUCGGGCUGGCCGUGACCCUUGGUUGGGAGAAGCCUGGGGAUAUUUCUGCCUUGGAAGCCCGUUGGGGAACACUGAGGGGUUCCAGCUCCCCCGGGCGGGCUGCGGUACAAAUGCUGGAUGACAGAGCCAGGAUGGAGAUCGCCAAGAAGGAAAAGGUGGAACAGAUCCUGGCGGAGUUCCAGCUGCAGGAGGAGGACUUGAAGAAGGUGAUGAGGCGGAUGCAGAAGGAGAUGGACCGAGGCCUGAGGCUGGAGACCCACGAGGAGGCCAGUGUGAAGAUGCUGCCUACCUACGUGCGCUCCACCCCGGAAGGCUCAGAAGUCGGGGACUUCCUCUCCCUGGACCUGGGCGGCACCAACUUCAGGGUGAUGCUUGUGAAGGUGGGGGAAGGGGAGGAGGGACAGUGGAGUGUGAAAACCAAGCACCAGAUGUACUCCAUCCCCGAGGACGCCAUGACGGGCACUGCUGAGAUGCUCUUUGACUACAUCUCUGAGUGCAUCUCCGACUUCCUGGACAAGCAUCAGAUGAAGCACAAGAAGCUGCCCUUGGGCUUCACCUUCUCCUUUCCUGUGAGGCACGAAGACAUCGACAAGGGCAUCCUUCUCAACUGGACCAAGGGCUUCAAGGCCUCAGGAGCAGAAGGGAACAACAUCGUGGGGCUCCUGCGAGAUGCCAUCAAACGGAGAGGGGACUUUGAGAUGGAUGUGGUGGCGAUGGUGAACGACACUGUGGCCACGAUGAUCUCCUGCUACUAUGAAGACCGCCGGUGUGAGGUUGGCAUGAUUGUGGGCACGGGCUGCAACGCCUGCUACAUGGAGGAGAUGCGGAACGUGGAGCUGGUGGAAGGGGACGAGGGCCGCAUGUGUGUCAACACCGAGUGGGGUGCCUUCGGGGACUCGGGCGAGCUGGACGAGUUCCUGCUGGAGUACGACCGUGUGGUGGACGAGAACUCCCUGAACCCCGGCCAGCAGCUGUACGAGAAGCUCAUCGGAGGCAAGUACAUGGGCGAGCUGGUGCGGCUCGUGCUGCUGAAGCUUGUGGACGAGAACCUGCUCUUCCACGGGGAGGCCUCGGAGAAGCUGCGCACGCGCGGCGCCUUCGAGACACGCUUCGUGUCGCAGGUGGAGAGUGACUCGGGCGACCGCAAGCAGAUCUACAACAUCCUGAGCACGCUGGGGCUGAGGCCGUCGGCCACCGACUGCGACAUCGUGCGCCGCGCCUGCGAGAGCGUGUCCACCCGCGCCGCGCGCAUGUGCUCCGCGGGGCUGGCGGGCGUCAUCAACCGCAUGCGCGAGAGCCGCAGCGAGGACGUGAUGCGCAUCACCGUGGGCGUGGACGGCUCAGUGUACAAGCUGCACCCCAGCUUCAAGGAGCGGUUCCACGCCAGCGUGCGCAGGCUGACGCCCAGCUGUGAAAUCACCUUCAUCGAGUCGGAGGAGGGCAGCGGCCGGGGUGCGGCCUUGAUCUCCGCGGUGGCCUGUAAGAAGGCCUGCAUGCUGGGCCAGUGAGAAUAAAGGCUGCAAGGCAAGGAGGAGGCUGUGGCCGCUACUAGACCUGGGCUCCAGGGGACACACUCCCUACAGGUCCCCCCAACCUGGUCCAGUCAAGAGGCUUCUCCUUGUAAGGACCUUGGAUGCCUCCCAUCCCCGCUGUCACCCCAGGAGAUGGGGAAAGCUUCUCUGGGGAUGCGGUGAGGCCCUGGGCAGGCCUCUUCUCUCAGGGUCAGUUGGUAGGAUAGCCCUAGGGCCCUGACUGGGUUGGGGGCUGAGAUGAACAGGAAUGGAGAACCCCCAAAGUACCUCGCCUUUCUUGCUGCAAUCAAGGGCCCAGAAGGGAGUUAUUAACUCAGGAUUUUGUUGCAUUUCUGCACUGCUCUUGGAGCUUUCAGCCUGGCUCAGCCCUGGCUCUGGGACGGGGGUGCCCUCUGGACCCUACUAUGGCCUGGUUUCCCUGGGAACCCAGCCCACAUGGGGAGGCAGCCCUCAUGACCUGGCCAGACCUAGACCUGGGUACCAUAGCGGGCCCCAGGGAGCUGCUGAUCACCCAGGCCUGGGAAAUGGAAGGGACCAGCUCCAUGUUGGAGGCUGUGGGUACCCCGAGGCCUGGAGAUGGCAGCCUUUUCCCUCCCAUCCUGCCAUCCCUGAGUGGUUUCUGGUUCUGGGAUGGACCCUCACAGGAGGUGCAAGAGACAGAGUCCCCAUAGCCCCUGCCCAGAGGGGCCCAGGAAGAGGAGGAGUCCCCCUACCCACAGACAGGCCUGGGAGCAUCUCCGGGAUCGAGUCCUCGGCUCCCACGGCACUGGGCACUCAGAAACCCCAGCAGCACUCAGCACACCCCCAAGGGACAACCCAGGCCUCUUUCUUCUCACCAGACCUCCAUGUACCACACCAACCUCUCCAUGCCCAACCUGGGAC